AUGUGGAGUUCAUCCGUGCGCGCAGCGACGAGCGGGAGUACCGCCGCGUGGUGCUCGCCAACGCGCUCGAGGUCCCUAGUAAUCAGCGACCCCGACACCGACAAGGCGGCGGCGUGCAUGGAGGUCGAGGUGGGCUCGUUCAGCGACCCGGAGGGACUCGAGGGCCUCGCGCACUUCCUUGAGCACAUGCUAUUUUAUGCCAGCGAGAAGUAUCCUGGAGAAUAUGAGUAUAUGAAAUAUAUCCCAGAGCAUGGUGGCUCUUACGAUGCAACUACAUACGCAGACACAACAAAUUUCUUUUUCGAUGUCAAUGUGGACAAUUUUGAAGAAGCCUUAGAUAGGCAAGUUUCUUGA